CAAAGCGCCAAUCCCUUCUCGUUGGUCCAAUGGGCCUCCCGCGCACGCAGUCCAGCUUUUUGGCGAUUCCACUGCGGGAGAUGCUCUCCCUCAACAGCUCCGAUCCAGCCUCGCUCCUCCUGGAGCGCGAACGCGGCCCGCCUCCGCCGAGUGGCUGUGCUCCUCCCGAGCCUCGUCGCCGCUCCUCCCGGUCGCUUAGCAGGGUGCCGGAGGCGUGCGCGGCGCGGCCGGGACACGUGUGGGUCGACUGCUACUUCUACGGCUUCUUCAUCGAGGAGGCGAAGCUGGGGUCUACUCUCAGCUCUGCUCGUACCUCGGCCAGCGACAUCGCCACCGCUGCCCGAUAGCAGUCGUGGCGGUGCGCAACUGACAGCGGCAUGCCGUGUUACUGAGACUGUGAGUCCUCGUGUUGCUUUUCGUGAGACCUCGUUGGAUGUUCAUACCGGUGUCGUGCGAUCCGGUGUGUAUUCGUCGGCGUGUGUUCGUUUCGUGCUAGCAUGAGCUGUGCGUGGACCCUUUUAUUGUGGAGCAUGUUGAACAUACGGUACACAGGACAUGAAAUACAGCGCGAUAAGCCUCACACCGGACGGCUCGCUGGAAGCCUCCGCAGCCACGCCAGCGUCCGGGCGCGAGACAAAGCCAAGCAGCCCCGCACCCGCGCGGAGAACACCGCGAGAGGAGAGAUAUACGAGCCGUCAGGCGCGCGCGGCGCCGUGCCGGGCGGUGCCCGCAACGGCUCUCAAUGGAUGAGGGACCGAUGGGUAUGGGGCAGCCUGCGCCUCCGGCAUUUCGCCACCUGCAGUCGCGUGCGCAGCAACUCGCUCACUCGCUGCGCCCGUCGCCCUCCCUCCGACUCCUGCUCCCCUCCCUGUCCCUCCCUCCUAGCACCCUCUGCUGACUCCCCCCUCCCCUCUCCACCUUGCCCUCCCGUCCCUCCGCCACCUCCCCUGCCCCGCUGCCGCCCCGCUGCCGCCCCGCCCCCGCGCACCGCCCCCGCGCACCGCCCCCGCG